AUGUCCGCCACCAUCCUGCUAGCCAGCCAGCAGCAGAAGCACUACACCAACCUCGACUACAUUUCCGGCAAAGUUGUUCUCAACCUCCCCUCCGAAACAGCGAUCGGAGGUAUCCAGGUCAAGUUGGAGGGCGAGAGUCGCACGCGUCUCUCCGGGCCCCGGAAUCCCAACAAUGUGCACUCGGAUAAGAAGCGGACAGAGCUGGAGGUUCACAAGAUCCUCUACAAGGUCGCGACCGUCUUCCCCACGCCAGCGGUCAUGCAAUCGGGUUCUCCGGCAACCGCCUACACCUUUGCGCCCGGCUCCUACGAAUACCCGUUCCAGUUCAAGUUCCCCUUCAAUAAUGCUUGCAGUACCCACAAUAGCAUGCUCACCAAUCUCAACGUCAACUUGGCCGGGCUGAGGGUGGAGAUGGCUCGCGAUACGAACCGUCAUGUCAAGAAGUCUCUUCCUCCGUCAUUAAGCGGGUUUCCCGGCAUGGCAGAUAUCAAAUACUACGUGAAAGUGACGAUCAUCCGGCCGCAGUUCUACAGUAAAAAUAUCAGAGCGACCGUUGGCCUCAACUUUCUCCCCAUUGAACCACCGCGAACCGGGAAUCCCAACGAAGAGACCUACGCCAGGCGACAACAUCAAUUCUCAAAGGUCCCAGGAGGCCAGAAGAAGAAGAAUCUCUUCUCACGCUCAUCCUCUCGGGAUGUGGAGCCUCCUCGCGUGGCUGUGGAUGCACGACUUCCUAAUCCUCCCAUUCUCACUUGCAACGAACCAGUUCCGCUCCGGCUCCUCGUUAGGAAGGUCACAGAAACCUCCGAAACCAUAUUCCUCCAGAUGCUGCAAGUGGAACUAGUUGCCUACACCAAGAUUCUGGCGCACGAUCUCAACCGCACGGAAACUGGCUCCUGGGUCAUCAUGAGCCGCAGCAACAUGAAUAUGCCCUUGGGCAAACCCGGUGAACCGGUAGGCACCGAGUUGCCUCUUGACGCGAGCUUAUGGAAUCGCUGGCCCCUACCAAACACGGUAGCUCCGUCUUUCGAGACAUGUAAUAUCGAGAGAAAGUAUGAGUUGGAGGUCCGGGUAGGCCUGACGCAUGGCAGUCCUGGGAGCAUGAAUCCUCAGCUCAUUGUUCUUCCCUUGCGAAUGCCGGUCAAGGUCUAUUCCGGAAUUGCUCCUCCGCAAGCCCUGUUAGACGCACUAGCCGCGGCAUCCUUACAACCUUCAUCUCCGAAUACGCAGUCACCCCGGACCUCCCAACUCAGCUCGUCAGCAAACGCAGGUCAGCCUCGGCCACCUAUGCCCCCACGUCCGGCCACAUUACCAGCAGCAGUCAGCGUCGGAGACGUCUACGACGAGGCACCCCCUAGCUAUGAGGAUGCAAUGGCAGAAAAUAUCGGCCCGGUGGAUGGCCCCCGCCGCGAGUAUCACCCACCAGACGGCUCCUCUACCACCUCGGGGAGCACCAUGGAAUCUGGAGCUGAUGCCAAGUCGCCAGUUGGUGAGGAUGGUUCUGCGGCAGCGGGGACUUCAGGAUCCGCAGCCUACCGCGAGAACCGCUCCUCUUCGGAAUCUUUUGAUAUGCUGCCCACCACCCCUCCCGAAUCUCCUUCGCCUCCCACCUCCCCCGUCGCACGCUCACGCAGUACGAUGAAAGUCCCCCGGAAUAACCGCGAUGACGACGAGAGUCCGCCGCAGUAUCAGCCUGUUGCGGAUGAUCAAUUGCAACCACCGGCUGCGGUGGAGCGCGGGCCAUCGAGGCCUAAUCUGGGCGUUCCGAACCGGAAGCCUGUUCCACGUACUUCUGGCCCAAAGUGA